UUCACCUAUCGCUGUCAGGUAUAGAUGUAUAUAGGAUCAUGCACGUACAGAAUGUCAGUUGCUGUUUACGUGCGAUUUAAACUAAUGUUUUAUUCGUUAUUUACGUAAUAAAACUCCGUUCUUGUGUAAAGAAAAUUGAUUCACAAACAUGAAUUCGGGGAAUCAGUUGCCUAAUCUCGAUAAAAUUUUUCGAGCUGAUGAUGAAAUGGAUUUUUUACCAUCGAGAGGAUCCAACUUGGCUGCUAUUUUUGGGACCCAAGUUAAAUCGGUAGAUAGUCAUUCUUCAUCAAAGCAACAGGUUGCCAAAAAAUCAAAUAGUCAUUUGUAUCCAACUCAAACAGUUCCAAAUAAACCAGAGAUCAUAAUAGCUAAAGCUGUGCAUGCAUUUAAACUACAAAAUGGAGUUUAUGUACCAGUUGGAAAACUUGGUAUGGCUCUUGUAGGAAGUAUAACAACAAAAGUAUAUCAAAUUAUUUUAUACAAAACCAAGCAAGAGCAUGUGUCGACUGUUACAGUUACAUGUGACUUUCUGUAUACAGUACAACCAAAUAAUUAUUCAAGUUAUUAUGAUAGUAAUAAGGAAAAUUGGUCAAUUUUAUUUGAAAACAACGAUGUUUGUGUAGAAUUUGCCAAAGAAAUUGGAUUAGCUAGAUAUUUUUCAAAAGAUAGGAAACUAGAGAAUGUACUUCAUCAAGAUUUAUCACCAGUUAACAAAGAUGUAGUAGCAACAGAGGGAGAUAAUGUGUCCAUCAAAUAUUUUGUCACUUCAGAAAUAACACAACCUUUCAAAGGCAAUUUUACAGCACUACAAACAAUGACUGUAGAUAUAUCUACAGAUGAUAAUUGGGAAAAGACACUUGUGGGAAGUAGCAAAGGAUUGAAACGAAUUUUAUUUUUGCCUCCUAGUAAACAGAUCAGUUUGGGUCCUGGAUUUCCAAAAGAGAAAGAUGUUUUAUUGGAAAUAGAAAUAAUAGAUAUACACGCACGAGAAGAAAUUACUCACGUGCAUAAAACAACGAGCGAUAAAGCUUCUAUCAUAUCGCGAAUGGCAAAAAUGGGGCAGUCCAUGUUUCCAAAAACUCCAACAAAUAUUACUACUGACUCUGAAGACACUGAGGAUGAUAUCCCACAUAAAUCGCCGCGCUACAAAAAGAUGGAAUCAUCGGAAGGAGGAACUCAAAAGAAAUACUCCUUACACGAUUCUACACAUGAAAAAACAAAAAACAUACAUGGAGCAUUACAACCAAGAGGCGACGCGCCUGUAACAAAUAUAAGUUGUAAACCUUUUGUUUCUUCAUCUGCAUUUACUUCUCAAUGGUCUUCCACGCAAAUACAACCAAAUUUUGUUACAUUGGAUGGUCAAGUGUAUUCAUUACAGCCACAAACUGUAACUCCAACAGUAUCAUCAGUGAUAGAUCCAGGAUUAAACAUGUUACUAUCAGAAACUAGAAUGACAAAUGCAGAAGUCAGAAUGGGAAUCUCUAAGAUAGCUGAUAAUGUGCAGAAAUUGCUUGACAAGUUUCAUGUUCUUGAACUACAAAAUGCUACAUCUCCUAUAAAAGAUACAACAGUUUUGGAUGCUGCAUUGAAAAUGUUAUUAACCAUGAAUGCAUCUCAGACUGGAGAAAAGGAUAACGAAUUACGGAAAACUAGCGAUAUUUCAGUUACUGAUAAUCAUGUAGAGGUAGAUGAGAUGAAAAGUACAGUGACCAUGUUAAAAAAAGAAUUGGAGGAGUCAAAAGAGUACAUAAAAAAACUCGAAGUCCAGAAGGAAUCUUUAACACAAAUUAAUGAAAGCUUAAAUAAAAAUGUUCAAGAAUUAGAGAUAUCAUUGAAAGACACAAAUAGUCUACUUGCUAUAACAAAAAAAGAUUUAGAAGCAGCUAAGGAAUUUAGUAGAAAUUAUGAGAAACAAAAUGUUAUGUUGGAAGAUAGAAUCACCAAGCUUCAAGAGAAAUGCAAUGCUCUAACUUCCGAUGUUUCUGUAGAGAAUGAGAGUAAAAACAGAGAAAUCAAACACAUAAUGAACCAAAUUUAUUAUAUGCUACUGGAUAAAUUUGUAGAUGAAUCCUACCCUACCAAUUACAUAAAAUCAACGAUAGCAAAUGUAAUAAAGAAUGCCACAUUGCAAAUUCUUUAUAACACUAAUGAAAGAAGCAAUAGAGAAACAGAAUCUGCCAAAGCUACAGAAAGCGAUGCUACGAAAAUUGCAAAUGCAGAAUUAAAAAAUUCUGAUUCAAACACUUCUGCAGAACAGUCGCUAAAUCAAACAGGAGUCACAGGAAAUACUAAUGUAUCAUUGCCACUGCUACAAGAUGAACCACCACCUAUCCCUGCUAAUGAUAUCGUAGAUGAUAUCAACUGGCUAAACUGAUAAUUAUAUUUUACUAUAAGAACAAAAAAUGAACCUUAGAGAUAGUUAAUGUUGAAAUAUAAUGUAAAACAUUUGUAAUGUUCAUUGGUUUCCUAGAUUUAUAAUUUACACAUGCAAAGAAUUUUGUAGAAGAUUAAUGAUUUAUUAUUAAUAAAUACUAUUU